AUGGACACCCCGGCGUGCCUCUGGAACCACGACCCUGCCGCAAAGUCUAUCGACUUCCCAGCACCAUGGGAGGAGGGCGGCGUGAAGUUCAAGGGGAAGCCCGCCCUCAUCCUUGGAGGGGCGUCAUCUGUGGGCCAGUACGCCAUCCAGCUGGCGAAGCUCGCCGGCUUCUCGCCCAUCGUCACGUCCGCGUCGCCCCGCAACGCCAAGAUGCUGAGGGCCAUUGGAGCAACGCACGUCUUCGACCGGGCGCUCUCUAACGACGAUGCGCUCGCCAUGAUCCGGACCGCCACUGCGGGCGAAGCCGUCAUGUUCACGUACGACGCACUUGCGUCUGACGGCGCGCUGCUGCUGGUCCUGCCGGACGUGCUCCCCGCGGAUAAGCGUGCCAAUGGAGACACGAAGAUGGUGGUGUCGGUGUACGGCGUAGUGCACCCACCGGAGAACCGAAAGAUCGGUGUAGAAGUGUUCAGCCGUGUCACCGGCUGGCUGGAGACCGGCGCGCUGGUGUCUAACAAAGUCGAGCUCCUGCCGGGAGGCCUGAGCGGAAUUCCUGAUGGUCUUCGGCGGAUGAAGGAGAACAAGGUCAGCGGCAUGAAGCUGGUGGCGCUCCCCCAGGAAACGGCGUGA